AUGAUUUUCCCUGCCCUCCAGCCGCCUGUGGUGCUGCGACACGACAAAAAGGCCUCUCCAGCGGGGCCUCCUUGUAGGGCCCCAGGACUAGGGGCCCCCGUGCUGCGGCUAGCCACAGGAUACAGAGCCCAACCUGAUGCAGCGGACUUGCAAGGUGCCUUUCCUCUCGGGCCAUCCCCUUUCAUGCUGCAGGGACCGGUGGAACUGACCCCCUCCACCCCUGGGCAGCAACUCUUGCGCACGAAGGAGCAGCAGCACCGCCAGGAACAGCACCAGCAGCAGCGUGAUCUAUGUGCUAUGCUUUCGCACUUUGAUAACAUAAGCCCAUGCAGCGGAAAAGAAAUCGCAGCGCUGAGCCGCUGCGUUAGCAGAAAAUAUCAGCUGGUGCCAGCCCCAGCGGACAACAGCAGCAAAACGCAGAUUCUGUGCUUUCCUGGGACGAUUUCCGGCUGCAUGCAAACUUCAAAGUCUUCUGCAUGUCAUUUGAGGCCACGUGGGGCGACAGGGGGGAAUAUUACGUCUGAAACCCUUCCACAAGCCCCAGCUGCAGCAGCAGCAGCAGAUGCAGUUGCAGCAGCAAAAGCAACGGGCGAAGAGCUCAAAAGUAACUCUGGCGCUCCUCCGCCCCUAUCCGGGCAGCGAACCACUUUCCACGAACAUGUGCAGCUGCAGCAGCAGCCAUAUUCAAUGCGCUGGACAAUUAUUCAGCGACAGCAACAAGAACAGCAGCAGCAACAGCAGGAGCACCUAGCAAUUCAAGCGCCUAAUCUCUGUCCAAAAGUCUCUGUGAAAAAGCCGAAAUUGUUGCAGGUUGGCUGUCACACAUGCAUGCGGCAGCAGAGUCAAGGACAGGAGCAGCUGCCAAAGCAAGAGCAGGAGCAGCGACAGCAGCACUUGCAGCAAGAGCAGCAGCAAUAUAAGCAACCGCAGCAGCGGCAGAGGCAGGAUCUGCAGCACAUGUGCCAAGAACACGAAGAGCCGCAGAAAGAUCAGAAUCAGGCAAAACAACAAGAGGAUGAGGAGUUCCAGCGAGAGCAGCAGCAACAGCAACAGCAACAGCAGCAAGAACAGAGGCACCCCACGGCCACAGACAAAGAUAUGAAGCAGCAACAGCUCCUGGCAGCAGAACUGCAUGCUGUAGAACAGCAACUAGCGGAUAAGGAGGCCCUCUUAGCGCUAUUUGAGGGGGCGUCAGAGCAGCAACAGCGGAGGCAGUUGGCGCAGCAGUUACAGCAGCUACAGCGGCAGCAGCAGCAGCAUAAUCAGCUGCUACUGCUUAUAGAGCAACAAAAACAGGAACUAGCGAGGCAGCGAGAGCAGGUAGAGGCAAAACAGCGGGAAGCAGAAAAGAAAUUGCUGCUACUGCAGCAGCAGCAGGAAGAGGUGCAGAAGCAACAACAACAGCAGCAAGCAGCAGCGGAGGAGCAGCAGAAACAGCAGCAGUGGUUCAAGCAGCAGCAGCAAGCCUUUCAGAAGGCUCAAGAGGAGUUUGCAGCUGAGCAGGCCCGGCAGCAGCAGCAGAAGCAGCGGCUGGCUGACCUCCACGCUCGCCUACAACGCCAAGAAGGGGAAUUGGCACGGAAGCAGCAGCAGCAACAGCAGCAUCAACAGCAGCUUCUGCAGCAGCAAGCCGACAUGCAAGCCUCCCUCAGGGUUCAGGGAGUGCAGCUGCUGCACCAGCAUCAAGCGCUGCAGCGCCAGCUGCAGCAGCAGCGCGAAUUGCAGCAGCAAAUUUUGGACCACCAGAGGCAGCAGCUUGAAGAGUCGCAAGAAGCACUACAGCAGCAGCAACUGCAGCAGCAGCAGCAGCUCGAACAGAAGCACCAGCAACAUCUGCAUCAGCUGCCCCAGCUUGCCAGGCCCACCCUUAUACACCGCGUUGCCGAGGGAAGUAUGGCACCGAAGUUGCAGCAGGCGCAGCAGCAACUGCACCAGCAGCAGCGGCAGCAACAGCUGCAGGAGGAUCUGCAGCAGUUGCAGCAGCAAGAAUACAAGGAUCCCUUGCUGGCUCCGCGAUGGUGCUGCUGUGGCUCUAGCAGCCCCAUAGCUCUCCCUACGGAAAUCCAGCCCCCAGGGGACCACUUUGCUGCCCCUAGUGGUCCCCCUGAAACGGAGAGGGACUCAGCAAAUUCCACCAGGCUCCCUUCAGCAGAGAGCACCAACAAAAUGGGCGGCUCAGAUGAAACACAUGGUACGAGACACAUGGUGAAGGAAGGCUCCCUAAGCGGGGGCCGGCUGAGAGGCGGAGCCUCUAGGGGGUCCCCACAAAGGGAGUGCAAGGGGUCUAGAGCCCCUCACGCCUGCAGUUCACAGCGACUGUCUGAUGAGCGGCCACACCCUAGUGGCGACAGAAAACAGUACGGUCCCUCUGGCGAUGCUGUUGCAGUAGCAGGUGGUCUUGCUGCUGUCGUAGCUAAGGGUGCUGCACUUACCCAGGGCGGCUCUGGAACUUCGGGUGUCUCUACUUGUCCGCCGCGUUUGCUGCGGUCUACAGAAUCGCAGCGCCUGCGCGAACAGUCUCUUAGAGAGCACCUAAGGGCUCUCAAUCAAUCUAAGAAACCUUUGAAGGCUACAAGCGUAACGAAAAGGGAAAAGGACAAAGACGCAGACGCAUACAGACCCUCGACACCCACACAACGCAUAAGGACCAACCAACAAAAAUUCCCCCACAAACCUUCACAGGAGCCGCUGCAACCGCUCCAACAAAGGCCCUCACAGUGGCUUUCACAUGGUGUGGGGCCGCACGAGCAGCAUUGUGGGCCCUCACAGGUAACAUUGAAGGGUUCUCUUGGCGAAGCGGCUUCGGCUGAGGCGACGCACAAGCUACCUCGCUUGGGUGGCACUCUAAGAGAGGAAGCUGCACAGGUUCGGGGCUUCGCACAAGAUAGCGUGCAUGGGCCGUUAAACGAAACCAUAGAGGGGGCCGGGAAAAGUCCCUUUAGCUCUCGCGGAACCCGGGAGCAGCAACAGCAGCUGCAGCAGCUGCUGCAGGAGCAGAGGCGGGAGAUCAACUUGCUGCUUCUGGAAAAGCAACAGCUUGAAAGAGUAGCCAUAGGGGGAGGGAAGCCUCCAGGAUAUCCAUGGACUUCAGGAGCCACGAGGAGGCGUCAAACCGUUCCCAGGGAACCCUACGUGCAGAGCACAGCAGACUGCGGAGCAGCAAUGGGUGGGCCCCCUGGCUGUGUCUGCGGGGGAGACCACCCGCGGACCGCUUGGGGGCCUCUUGAUGCUGCCUUGGCAGAGGUGCAUAACAACAACGCGGGGUUUCAGCGCUGGACUAAAGUUAAUGAAGGGGUCUACUUCUACGGAGACACACAGGUUGGUAGAAGGGCGCUGACCGCAUAG